GGAAGGCGCUGUUAUGAGAGUCACAGCUGCAUGUCGAGAAGUGAGACGGACGGGAGUGUGAGGAAGGAACGAAGGAGAAGCUGAAAGUCAGAGCGACUUAUUUUGGUUGGUGAGAGCAUCAGCGCCCCGCAAUUCACGGCCAAUCAACCCCGCGUCGCUGAAACACCCUUGACACCUUCGUGAAGGCUGAACCAAGUUUCUUCGACGCCUUCCUUCUCCUUUCCUUUCACAUAACAAACAUAUUCUCAACCCAUCAUGGCUAACAAGAGAAUCGUCACUGAACUGGGUCAGGUGUCGACCAACCCCGUGCCAGGCACAAGUGUGCAGCUCGCCGAAGAGGGCAACGUCUUUCUCUGGGAAGUCAUCAUGCAGGGUCCGGAAGACUCUGUCUACGCAAAUGCCAACUUCAAGAUCGAAGUGUCGCUACCCAAGGAAUACCCCUUCAAACCACCCACCGUCUCGUUCAAGACCAAAAUCUAUCACCCCAAUGUCACCAACGACGACAAAGGCAGCAUGUGCCUAGGCAUGCUCCGCUCCGAUCAAUGGAAGCCUCCGAACAAGAUCCGCGACGUCCUCAUCCUCGUCCGCCAGAUCCUCGCCGCUCCCCAACCCGAUGAUGCCGUCGAAAGUAGAAUUGCCGACGAGUACAAGAACAACCGCGAGACUUUCGACAAGAACGCAAAGGACUUUAUCGCAAAGUACUGCAAAUAGGAUGUUAAGAUACACAAGGUGAUGAGUCUGAGGCAAUCUGGCAUUUGGGGCGGUAGGCUGAGAGACACACAGCGGGGCGUUAAGGAUUAGGUCGGAAAAGGGUUGGCAUCUGAGCAUACGGCGCAUUAUCAUCACAUUACCGGCAGCAUCAUCACAUACCUAUCUGGGCACAAUCAAUUCGUUUUACCUUUCUU